GCGACAGGCUUGUUGGCCAAGGAAGCAAACACAGUGGCCGGCACAAACACAGUCCUCAAGUAUCACGAACCACCAGAGGCGCGCAAGCCAUCGAGUAAAGAGCAAUGGCGCAUGUUUGUCUUCAAGGCUAAAGACAUGAUCGACACUAUUCACCUCUACUCGCGCAGUUGCUGGCUGAUGGGCCGCGAUCAAGCUAUCGUCGACUUCCAAUUAGAGCACCCGAGUAUCAGCAAACAGCACGCUGUUGUGCAGUUCAGGCAUAUCACAAAGACGAAUGAGUAUGGAGACAAGCUGAGCAAGGUCAAGCCAUAUCUCAUCGACUUGGACAGUGCCAACGGAACACGACUGAACGGAGAGAAAAUCGGAGGCAGUCGUUACAUUGAAUUACGAGACGGUGAUGUCGUCGGCUUCGGUGACAGCGAGAGAGAGUAUGUCAUGAUG